GCAACUUAGCAACUUCGUUUCGCGUCAGUGGAACGAAAAUGAUAAGAAGUUGCUCGGUUAUUGGCUGGAACUAGCAACCAAAUCAAAAUUUUUUGAUUUGGUUGCCAAGUUGCCAGUUGCUGGUUGCUAGUUGCUGCUUAUGUAGAUGUCGACUCAAACUCAUUUGAUCACGCGAGUGACAGACACACCGCCAGACAGUUAGGGUUACACAGUAAUUAAAUCAAGAACUGCUACACCGGAUAGAAAAUAACACCGGUUAUAAUUAAUUUCAACGAACGCUACAAACGUAAAUCCUAAUCGUAUAUUCGACAUGCCCUAAUCGAGUAUUCUACACUACCGGCAAUUCAUUUCACAUAUAAAGUUAUCAUGGGUGCCAAAGUUUCUAGAACGGAUUUCGAGUGGUCUUACACCGAAGAACCUCACGCUAGUCGACGUAAAUUAAUUUUGGAGAAAUAUCCUCAAAUAAAAGAACUAUUCGGUCCAGAUCCGAGAUUCAAGUGGAUCGUUACGUGCUUAGUGUUGUUUCAGAUAUCGACAUUAUUUUUUAUACAGCAUUUAUCAUGGCCAUCUACACUUAUUCUGGCUUACUGCUUCGGUGGUGUGAUAAAUCAUACGUUGAUGUUAGCAAUCCACGAAAUAGCUCAUUCAAUGGCGUUCGGACCAAAUUACCCAAUGAGGAACAAACUAUUCGGUUUAUUCGUCAAUUUCCCCAUACCGUUUCCAUUCUCGGUCACUUUCAAGCAUUAUCAUCUAAUGCAUCAUCGAUAUCAAGGAUGUGAUGUCAGAGAUACAGACAUUCCAACAUCGUUGGAGGCGAAAUUAUUCUGCACAACAUUCGGUAAACUGAUCUGGAUGACGCUGCAGCCAUUCUUUUACGCCUUCAGACCGAUGUUCAUGUGUCCAAAAAUCCUAGAUAAAAUGGAACUAUUGAACGUUGUAACUCAGCUUUCUUUCGAUUACUUUGUAUACCAGGUUUUUGGUAUGAAAGUAUUGAUGUAUUUAACUAUCGGUUGUCUCUUCGCUAUGGGUUUGCAUCCGGUAGCUGGUCAUUUUAUAUCGGAGCAUUAUAUGUUUCAAAAAGGAUUCGAGACGUAUUCUUAUUACGGUAUAUUGAACUGUAUCACAUUCAAUGUGGGUUAUCACAAUGAACAUCAUGACUUCCCCUUCGUCGCUGGAUCAAAAUUACCUCUAGUGAGAAAAAUGGCUCCAGAAUUCUACGAUAAUCUUCCCCAUCACGAUUCAUGGUGCGCUGUGCUCUACGACUUCGUCACCGAUCCUGAUAUCGGUCCUUACGCUCGUAUUAAAAGGAAAAGUGCAAAAUUAGAUUAAGCUACUUAGCAAAAAAUAUCCUCUUAAUAUUCAAUUCGCAUUUUUUUUUGUUGUGAAAAACUAGCUUUAACAUUUUUUUUUCUCUCUCUAGUUACCAGGUAAUUGUGAAAUGUAACGUGUAGUCAACUUUGAACUUUCUUUACGUAAUUUUUUUUUCAUUUUAAAUGUCAAUUAAUAUACUAAGACAACUUGAUAAUUAUUAUGUGAGGAGAAUAUGUGAAUUGUGAUCGUUUAAUAUUGAUAUCUAUUUUUUAAGUUGUCUCAGGAGGGGUCAGUUCCAUCGCCAGGAGUUCGAUUCCAAAAAAUAGAAAACUGGUGAUUUCUUAAAUCUUCCUUAGCUACACGAUAAUUUAUAUUUUUCCAUUUUUUAGUUGGUACAACCUGGAUGGGAACUAGAUAGAUUUACAUGAUUUUUAAUCGCAGUAAUCUAACCUUUGCUGCUCUCUAUUAGUUAAAUAUACCUAUACGUAUUAUAUUUCGAAGAAAUAUACUUAAUUUUAAAUUAGAGUAAGUUGAUAGGUACUUCUACUUGGACUGUUUUCCUUCUACUUCUAAAAUUGUACGUAUUUUUUCGAAAGACAUUUUAAUACGCAUUGACUCGUGUAAACGUAA